UCGAAGUAUAAAUAUCUUCUUCUUGUCAGAAUCACACAACUAAGGAACACCACCAUCAAAACACUGUAAAAACGGGAGCUUGUAAUAACACGAUGGCUUGCUAUGACGGGUGUCAGCGAAGCAAUGACACGAAACAAAGCAGUAUCCUCUACAGCAUUUUAAAAAACGACAACCACGCACAACUACGCAGACAUCAGGGGACCAUCCAGCGAGGUUGUGCCUGUGGAUCAAAGAAGAAAGUAGCUCUGAGGUUCCCGCAGGUGACCUGCAAAACUGCCUCUGCUGUUUUAGUAAAGACGCUGAAGUUUAUGAAGAACUUGCCUUGUUUUCAGGAGCUUCCAGUACACGAUCAGCUGGCUUUGGUCAGCAGUUGCUGGGCGCCGCUAUUAAUGCUUGGUCUGGCACAGGACAGAGUUGACUUUGAGACCACGGAGACCCCAGAGACCAGUAUGUUACAGAGGAUUUUAACUAGCGGGCAGGAAAAGCCAGGAGACACUCACCAGCAAAAUGAUCAGCAGCUUUCAACGACAGAGAUCCAGGGCAUUAAAGCCUUUCUAGAAAAGUGUUGGGCUCUGGAUAUAAGUACCAAGGAGUAUGCUUACCUGAAAGGAGCCGUUCUUUUUAAUCCAGAUCUACCAGGGCUGCACUGUCUACAUUAUAUCCACAGUCUACAAAGUGAAGCACAGCAAGCACUAAACGAAUAUGUAAAGAUUAUUCACAGAGAAGACCUUGCAAGAUUUGCCAAACUGAUGAUUGCACUUUCCAUGCUGAGACCCAUUAAUGCUAGUGUCAUUGCAGAACUGUUCUUUAGACCCAUCAUUGGUGAAGUCAACAUGGAUGACCUGUUGCUGGAGGUGUUCUAUGCCAAAUAACAGCAUUAUUACUGAACAAUAACCAAGUACACUUACAAACAACUGCAACCUAUCUGAAAAUGAACAUAGUAAUGUUUUGAUGAAGGUAUACAGAAAAACUAUUUGUGUUCAAAGACAGUACAGUUUGUGCUACAAUGUAACACAGUCAAUGCUGUCCUUAAUCAAGAAUUUGUAACAAAUGGUAUGUGUCUCUUAAUCCAAAUAUUUCUGGGACAGAUCUUUAAGUUCAAUUUGCACACGGGUUUGUUUUUUUUUUUUAUGGAAAAAAGUUACAGACCAGUGACAGAAUUAACAUUUUGAAGUAAAAUAAUGCUGUGUUCAUUUUCAUAGGUUUUUGCAUUGAAAUGGGGGUAUAAUUCACG